AUGACUGAUCGUAAAAAUGGUAUGGUACAAGCAUAUGGAUACCCUAGCAAUUCAGGGACAAGUCAAAUAGUAUCAAGAGCAGUGGCUGCUGCUGCUGCUAAUAAUCAUCAUUCCAGUCGUAAUAAAUCAGCUCGAAAUUCUAAACGAUAUUCUGUCUCUGCAUUUUAUUCUAUGGCUGCAGAACAAGAUAAUGAAGUAGAAGAUGAAUUAGCUAAAGCUCAGAGAAGUUUAAGAGAAUUGAAAACCAAGAUUUCUAGUCAAUCAAAAAAAAACUUUGUAUUAGAAAGAGAUGUGAGAUAUCUUGAUUCUCGUAUUGCUUUAUUAAUUCAAAAUAGAAUUGCUCUAGAUGAGCAACAUGAAAUGGCAUCUCAUCUUGAAGAACAUGGUAUUGAAAAUGGUGACUCUUUUCCAGAUGAUCGGCGAUUACAAUUAUAUGGAAAUUUUUUCUUUAUUCUUCAAAGCGAACCAAGACAUAUUGCUACUUUAUGUAGACUUGUAAAUUUAUCCGAAAUUGAUACAUUACUUCAAACUGUCAUGUUUACUUUAUAUGGAAAUCAAUAUGAAAGUAGAGAAGAACAUUUAUUGUUAACUAUGUUUCAAAAUGUUUUAGCAGCUCAGUUUGAAACAUCAACAGAGUUUGGUUCUUUAUUAAGAGCUAAUACGCCUGUUUCUCGUAUGAUGACAACCUACACUAGAAGAAGUCCUGGACAAAACCUUGUUGAGGAUCAAGAACUGAAUCUUGAAAUUAAUCCUCUUAAAGUAUAUGAACAAAUGAUAGCACAGAUAGAAAGUGAAAAGGGAUAUUUACCGUCUGAUUUACCUCGAAGUGUCACUCCAGAGAUAGCUGCCAGUAAUGAACAUGUGCAACACAUAAUUCAACCUCGUUUAAUUCAACUAAUGGACAUUGCAGAAAGCUUUUUAAAUACCAUUAUUUCAUCUACAAGCUCUGUUCCUUAUGGUAUUCGUUGGAUAUGUAAACAGAUUCGUUCUCUUACAAGAAGAAAGAAUCCAACUGCAUCUGAAUAUUCUGUCUGUUCAAUGAUUGGAGGUUUCUUCUUUUUAAGAUUUAUUAAUCCUGCUAUCGUUACUCCAAGAGCAUAUAUGUUAUUAGAUACUGUACCCUCUAGUGCACCUAGAAGAACUCUCACUUUGGUUGCAAAAAUGUUACAAAAUUUGGCAAAUAGGCCCUCUUAUGCAAAGGAAACAUAUAUGCUGCCAACAAAUCCAUUUGUAGAAAAAAACAAACAGAGAAUUAAUAAAUUCUUAAAUGAAUUAUGUGAAGUAGGCGAUUUUUAUGAAAAAUUAGAGAUGGAUCAAUACAUGGCACUUUCAAAAAAGGAUAUCGAAAUUCAUAUUACUUUAAAUGAAAUAUAUAGUACAUAUAGUCUUGUUCAACGUCAUUUAGAUAUCAUUGCACCUAAAGAGAAAGAUUAUCUUCGUAUUCUUAUAAAUGAUCUAGCGCCUGUACCUAAUCAAGUAUCUCGAAAAGAAAAUAAAACCAUUGAAUUACCUUUAUUUAGUCGAUGGGAAAUACCUAUUCAAGAUCUUACGACUGCACUCAUGUCAGAAAAUAAUAUUACACAAAAUGAUAUUCUCUACAUGGAGACUAAGGCAAUCUACGUUCAAUUGAUUCGUUCCCUUCCUCAUCUUGCGUCUGAACCUCUUGAUUUGGAUUAUAUAGCAGAAACAGCAGCUACUAUGAAAGAUGUACAGUUGGUAAGAAAAGGAAUUAAAGUGAAAGACAUGUUACGGGAAUUAGAAGACGCAGGCGUCAUCGACCAUAAAGAUCAUUACAAGUUAUUAGUAGAAGAAAUUACUCAAGAAUUAAAUCAUUUAGGGAAUCUAAGAGAAAAAAUAGUACAAGAGAUAACUUCUUUAGAAAGUGUCUAUAGAAUCAUUCUGGAUCAUAAUAAUUAUUUAAAAAGUCAAUUAGAGAGUUACAAAGCUUAUUUACAGAACGUAAGGAUUCAGAGUGGAGGUGAAAAGACAACCAAGAAUUCAGUUGGUAUUGGGGUUGAAGUUGAAGGAGGGAAAACUAGAAAGACACCUAAAAGUGCCUCUAAAGGUCCCUUUAAAUUUUCACAUCAUCAUUUAGAGAAAGAAGGUGUUAUUACUGAAAGUACUGUUCCUGAAAACAGACGUCCCAAUAUCUACUUUUCAAUUAUAUCACCUUUACCAAGUACAUUUAUUAUUGCUAUGCACUUUAAAGGACGAGAUAAAGCUAUAUUAGAAAUGGACUUGAAGCUUGAUGAUUUGCUUGAAAAGCAACAAGAUAAUGUAGAAUUACUGGAUCUUGAAUAUGUUCGCUUAAACGUGACAAAGACUCUUUAUCUUUUAAACAAAACGUUUGUGACUAGGCAUAAAUAA